UAUUCAUGGGGCACAAUGGCACACAUAGGGAAUCUUGGGUACCUAUACAGUUCCGAGAUGAAGUUCGCAAUCCUGUUGCUUGUCGCUGUACUCAUAUCGGUGGCUCAAUGCAGAGUGGCCGGAGAUUACAAAUUAUAUGAGAAACGUAACUUUCUCGAAGGUUCGCCUGUAAAUGCAUUGGACACCUCCAAUAAGAACGCCGACGUAGACGAUUUCAGCCAGGCAGCAGAGGCAACUCAUUCCAUAAAAGAGAAACGAGAGAUUCCAACGCUGAAGUGUCCCCAAGAAGAAUUUAAGGGACACAAAAACAAGGAAGAUAAAUCGAAACACGAACAAGAUGACCACAAAAAUAAGGAACAAGAACACCCAAAGGGCAAAGAGGAGGAAAAGAAAAAAUUGAAUCAGGAGGAACACGUUAAAGAUGGGCAAGAAAUACCUUCAAAAGAAAAAGAAUGCAAAUCUGAAGAAGAAGUCAAAAAACAAAUGAAGACAGAGGAAGCAGACAAAUGGAAAGCCGAGAAACAAAAAGUUCUACAGAAAAGAGAAAUAGGCAAAUUGGUAGGAGAACAUGACAAACACGAAGAACAUAAACACUCGAAGGAAGGAGAACAUGAACACGAAUCCGCGGCUUACGCCCGACAUCUACCUCAGUCACAACAUCAUGGUCACCAUGGUCAAAAGGCUGUAUUGAAAUUCCAUCACUACCAUGGCCACCACAAACAUCACGACCGUCCUAUUCACUAUAAAGGGGUCUCAAACAAUAAAAAUAAUGACGAAACUUUCGAAAAUCAAUGGGCACAAAACGAAGAGCAACAACACCAUUCAGCUCACGUUGGAGGAACUCACGAAUCAUCGUCCGUAAAACAUUCUCAAUCGGAGAAUAAAGUAACACAAUCCUCAAGUACACACACCAGUCACUCUCAUGAAUCGAAAACAGCAGUAUCCGAAUCCAAAUCCUCACACCAGGAAAGCAAAUCAGUAGGACAAAAGAGCAGCCAACGUCAAAGCCAGGCACAAGCUCAAGAGCAACAACAAUCUCAAUCUGAAAGCCAACAAAAGGACUCUGUGUCGGCUGUCUUAGACUACUCGACCAGUGGAAAUGCUUGCUACUACUGUCAUCAUGGGGACAAACACGUGCGGCCACAUUUACGCAGCGAAAUCAAAGACUUGGUCAACCAUGGCCAUGGAAUCAGCGCAGAGGUCGGUUCACGUUAUCGCGUGUAA